CGGAGCAGCCGCUGCUAAGCGUUUGGGCUCGGUCGAGACCGCCGUGCUUGCUCCUUGUUCCAGCCGCCGCCGCCGCCGCCGCCGCCGAGGGAGCGGCCGCCUAUUGUCCUUCUCCGCGGCCAAGGCGCGGAGCUGCUCCGGCUCGGCCCGCGGGGGAGCCCGGGGAGCCGCACGUGUCCUGGGUCAUGAAACUUAGUCCACAACAAGCUCCAUUAUAUGGCGAUUGUGUUGUUACAGUACUGCUUGCUGAAGAGGACAAAGUUGAAGAUGAUGCUAUUUUUUACUUGAUUUUUUCUGGUUCUACCCUCUAUCACUGCACAAGUACCCGAAAAGUCAGCUCUGAUACGUUGGAGACAAUUGCUCCUGGUCAUGACUGCUGUGAGACAGUGAAGGUGCUGCUCUGUGCUUCUAAGGAGGGCCUUCCUGUGUUUGUAGUAGCUGAAGAAGACUUCCAUUUCGUCCAGGAUGAGGCGUAUGAUGCAGCUCAGUUCCUGGCAACCAGUGCUGGAAAUCAGCAGGCUUUGAACUUCACACGUUUCCUUGAUCGAUCAGGACCCCCUUCUGGAGAUGUGAAUUCUCUCGAUGAGAGGGUUGCACUGGCAUUCAGACACCUGAAGCUGCCGGCAGAGUGGAAUGUGUUAGGGGCAGAUCACAGCUUGCACGAUGAUGGCCCCCGGGAAACGCUUAUGCAUUUUGCUGUGCGGCUUGGACUACUGCGGUUGACAUGGUUCCUGUUACAGAAGCCAGGUGGCCGUGGAGCUCUCAGCAUCCACAACAAGGAAGGGGCAACGCCUGUAAGCCUGGCCCUGGAACGAGGUUAUCACAAGCUCCACCAGCUUCUGACUGAGGAAAAUGCUGGGGAGCCAGAUUCCUGGAGCAGUUUAUCCUAUGAAAUCCCUUAUGGAGACUGUUCAGUGAAGCACCAUCGAGAAUUGGACAUCUAUACAUUGACUUCUGAAUCUGAAUCACAUCAUGAACCCCGUGGAGUCACUUGUACUGGACAUAUUUCUAAACUUAUGAAUAUCCAACAGCAGCUAAUGAAAACAAACUUGAAGCAGAUGGACAAUCUUACGCCCUUAAUGGUGACAACACAAGAUUCUUCUAGUGUGUCCAAUGCACCAGAGACAGAUGGCCAGUUCCUUCUCUGUGCACCAGAGCCGUCUGAGCACCAACAGCUUUCUUCUGAAGAAGCUAAGAGCACUCCAUGCUGCCAAGGGAGUCCUGGGAGGAAGGCUGAAAGUUUCUGUGAUUUGUCACAUGUGGUCGAGGAAGAAAAUGUAGUCUGUUCUCAGAAGAAAAAUAAAGAUGUGGGGAGAAAAGGGGAAGAGGCGGGGCCAGCAUCUGCCCUGGACUCCAGGUCUGCACCUCAUCAAGUCAGCUGCCUUGAGAGCAUAGCUGACUGUGGAACAAAGGGCACAGAAGGCCUUCCAACCUGUGGGAACAGAAAUGAAGUAACUGGAACAAAAUAUUCAGGAGUGACCACAGAUCAGCAGCCACUAAGCAGCAGGGGCAGUGUGCUGCAGGAAGUCAUGGUCCCAGAGCCAGGUGCUUGCCAGCACUCUUCUGGACAGGAGCUCCUAGACAGUUCUUCAACAGAUGUUGGUGCCCCAGAGAAGGCAGGGGAGCCGCAACAAGGCUUCUUAAACCCAGAUGCUGCCACCCAGAAUAGUAAGCCUCACGUGGGGGAAGGCACAAAGGAACAACUUGACAGUUUGGACCUUAGCACAGCUGAGGCAUCUGAUGUUCAGGUUUUAUGUGAACCUGUAGAGAAAGCCAAUAUUACAAGCCAUGUCUUUGCCAGCAGUGCCCUGGGUGCUAACACUCCUGGUGAGUCUUUGCCUGCGUUGAGUCCUGGAGAAAUCCUCACUGAAGCAGCAGGAAAGGAAGCUCAGGGGAGCAGUUGUGAGGAGAGCACUGACACUGUAAGUGAGCAGAGCUCUCAGGUGUUCCCAGCUGCUGCAGAAGACAAGAGGUCAGGUGGACUGGAACCUGAUACUCCCCUUGCAGCCCUUUGUGAGACACCAUCACCCUUGAGUUUAACCUCUUCCGGGCCAAAUCCAGAUGAGAUGCCAAAACAAAAGUCAGACUGUAACUCAUGGCAUGCUCAAAGCCAGAACAGCCAGGCACUGCUCUGUUCUCCAGCUGGCCCAUCUUGUGCUGAGUGUGCAUGUCAGCACAACACAGUGACUUCUAGUGGUGAGCUAGUUGUACAGCAGAGCAGUAGUAAAGUUAGCCUGCCCCAAAGCACAACAGUGCAGCCAGACAAGCAAGAUCCGUGCACCGCCCUCUGCCCAGAAGACCCACAAGCUGACACAGUCACUUCUGACACUAUGAAAACUACCCAGGACCCUGUGGGGGGUUGUCCUGUCUGUGUUUUAGAUGCAAAGAACCAAGGGAAAGAUUUGAAACAAGAUACACCUUUAAUGACUGUGCUUGAGGAUGUUUCAUGUCUGCCUUCAGUUGUCCCCCAAACUGAGAAACAAACAGUGCCAGACCAGGUAUCGCCACCCGGCAGCAGUUUCUCUCUGGCAAGCAGUCCAGAGAGUGAAUCAGUAACCAAAGAUGACGCACUUUCUCUUGUCCCCUCCCAGAAAGAAAAGGGAACAGCAACUCCUCAGCUCCAUAGAGCUGCAGCUUGUAGAGAUGGCCCAGAUGGAAGAGAUUUGAAUGACACCGAUAAGCUAGGAGACAGAGCCACUGGCCUGUCUGCACCGUCUGCUGUAGAGCUUCAGACCAACAUGGGGAACACCAGCCCUGUAGGCCUUGCUGGAGAACACGAAGGUCCUGGCCCAAAAGCAACACCUGAAGUUCUGAGCGACUCUUCACUACAAAGUGUGGACAAAGCUGCUUUGGCCUCUGACUCUCUUUCGCCUGAAGAAGGUAGCAGUGUGGUUCCAGAAAGCUCCACAGCUCUGGAGCAAGAUGAUAAGGAUAAAGCAAUGAGAUGUUCUUCCGUUAAAGAUGUGCCUUCUUCAGAAAUGUCAAGGGAAAACCGGGGAACACUGCCUUCUGAGCAGGAGAUCCCAAGAUUAUGUGAAGAACCUACGUCAGCCCUAUGUGCCGGGGAGAAAGCUGUGCAGCACAGCAACUCACCAGACACACCCUCUGCCAGUCUGAAAACAGAAACUGAGCACAACAAGGAAGUGGCCCCGCAGGUCUCCUCGCUGCCAACUGAAGGUGGGGCUGUAGGGAGCCUGGUGCCACCAAGAGUAAGUCUGGCUGCAGAUUCAGAGCAGAAAGCCUUGUGUACAGAGCAGAGUGGCUCUUCCCUGUUGUCGAGUCUGCUGCCAGAUGCAUCUGAGGCACUCCAUUGUGAUCUACCUUGUGUUCUUGAUGUUGGUACGAAGGACACUCAGUUCCAAGGAAAAACCAGUGCCUCUGAGGUAAGCAGAAAUGAUGUGAUGGUGGAUGUUACAGCUGCUCAUGCUUUACCAGCUACUGCUGAGCCCGGAAGAAAGGAUCCAUCACACUGCAUCAAAGACAUUCCAACUUCAGAGUUGUUAAACCAAGAGAAGAAAAUGACUCCAAGUGUGCCCGAAGCUUUACUGGACAAAGGUGUCACUGGCUCACAGGAAGUCAUGACCCCAGAGAUAGUACCAUUUGAUUGCGAGAGAGAGAAACUGGAGGGAACAGAACUCAGCUGUGCCACGAGUAUCUCUAAAAAGGCCCCAGACGAUGAAGAAAUGAUGCAGCCUCUUGCCAGGGACCUCCCUACAGAGACAGGGCUCUCAGUUCUCAAUGGCAAUGUCCUCCCAGCUGUUAUGAAGCAAGUCACACAGGCCUCAGUUCCGGGAGAGGAGAGUAAUGCCACCACUGUACUUGGAAUGGUCUCAGCCCAAGCUGCACAGGGCGCAGACUCCAUAGAGGAGAUUGCCACUCAUAUAGUGGAGGCUGUCAUCAAGCAAGUCAAGGCCUCCAACAUACUGAUGACUGAGGGGGAAAUCAGUAAUUCUUCACCGUCCAGUCCAGAGACUAAGCAGCUGGAGAUUGUUUGCACAGAGAGUCCAUGUGCUUUUCUACCUGGAGAGACCCUGCAGAUGGAUAAUGCUCAUGAAGAAACCAUGGGGAACUGUGUUGUUGAGGCAGAGGAACCAAAGAAAAUCAUUCCACCUGUCAACAGUCCUGAGCAAGCACCAGAAAUGCCAGGCAUUGAAGCUGGAGAUGAGGUGGAUCUGAGUAAGACCAGAGCUGCUUCUGAGGAGGAGGCUGUAGGAAAUGGAGCUACUACACUCAAAAUGAAGCCAGGCCCAGGAACCCAGGCGAUCAACCGAGAAAGCUGGUGUACCAUUGAGCCAUGCCCUGAAUCAACAUCUCUUUUAGCUUCCAAACAGAGCUCAGAAUGUGAAAGCUUCUUAGAUGUUGGACUGGGCACAGAAUGUACCUCAAAAGAAGCUGUGCUUCAGAGAGAAUCGGGGAGUGAUUCUGAGCUCUUUCACUCACCCAGUGAUGAAAUGGACAGCAUCAUCUUCUCAAAGCCUGAGGAAGAACAGUUGCUUUGUGAUAUAACAGGAUCCAGUUCUUCAACAGAUGACACAGCUUCCCUGGAUCGACAUUCUUCUCAUGGCAGUGAUGUGUCCCUUCCUCAGACUUCAAAGUUAAACAGGUUCAGAAAUCAUCAAAGUUCCGAUGGCUUUUUAAACCAUGGAGCAGGGCCUGAGAGUCGAGAGAGUGAAAGUGAGCCUACUGGCUCUGGCGAAAUGGAGGAGGAGGAGAUGGACAGCAUCACUGAAGUGCCUGCAAAUCGUUCUUUUCUGAGAAGCUCCAUGCGCUCUCUUUCCCCUUUCCGGAGGCAUAGCUGGGGACCUGGAAAGAAUGCAGCCAGCGAUGCAGAAAUGAACCAGCGGAGUUCAAUGCAAGUUCUUGGGCAUGUUGUCAGGAGACCUCCCAUUCAUAGGAGAAGUAUGAGCUGGUGUCCCUCUGGUGUGCAAUACUCGGCUGCCCUGAAUGCUGACUUUAAUUUCAGAAGUUUCAGUCUGGAAGGCUUGACAGGAGGAGCUGGUGUUGGAAAUAAGCCAUCCUCUUCUCUAGAAAUGAGCUCGGUAAACUCCAGUGAGCGCAGAAACCCUUUCAGUGCUGAGGAACAAAGAGACUCAUUGAUGUCACUUUCAGAAGAACAUCUGGAGCCAGACCAGAGACAGCAUCAUAGGAUGUUUGAUCAGCAGACAUGCCACAGGUCUAAACAACAGGGAUUUAAUUACUGUACAUCAGCCAUUUCUUCUCCAUUGACAAAAUCCAUCUCAUUAAUGACAAUCAGUCAUCCUGGAUUGGACAAUUCGCGGCAUUUCCACAGUACCAGUGCUAACUUGACUGAGAGUAUAACAGAAGAAAACUACAGUUUCCUGCCACCCAGCCCCUCAAAAAAGGAUUUUGAAGUGAAGAGUGGGACGAAGGUCAGCCGCACCUUCAGCUACAUCAGGAAUAAAAUGUCCAGUAGCAAGAAGAGCAAAGAAAAGGAAAAAGAGAAAGAUAAAGUUAAGGAAAAAGAGAAAGAAUCUAAAGAGAAGGACAAAGACAAGAAGACACUUAAUGGGCACACUUUCAGCCCGAUUCCUGUUGUGGGUCCCAUCAGCUGCAGCCAGUGCAUGAGGCCUUUCACCAACAAAGAUGCCUACACAUGUGCAAGUUGUAGUGCUUUUGUCCACAAAGGUUGCAGAGAAAAUCUGACCUCUUGUGCAAAGGUCAAAAUGAAGCAGCCAAAAGGGAGCCUCCAGGCACAUGAUACAUCAUCUCUGCCCACAGUCAUCAUGAGAAACAAGUCUUCACAGCCUAAGGAGCGCCCUAGGUCUGCAGUGCUUUUGGCUGACGAGGCCACUGCUGCACCAAUAUUUACUAACAGACGGUCCCAGCAGAAUGUCUCCCUCUCUAAAAGUGUCUCCAUACAAAACAUCACUGGAGUUGGCAGUGAUGAGAAUAUGUCAAACACCUGGAAAUUCCUAUCUCAUUCAACAGACUCACUGAAUAAAAUCUGCAAGGUCAAUGAGUCAACAGAAUCACUUACUGAUGAGGGAGUAGGUACAGAGAUGAAUGAAGGACAGCUGAUGGGAGACUUUGAAAGUGAGUCUAAACAGCUAGAAGCAGAGUCAUGGAGCCGGACGGUUGACAGCAAGUUCCUUAAACAGCAGAAGAAAGAUGUGGUCAAACGGCAGGAAGUGAUUUACGAGCUGAUGCAGACCGAGUUACAUCACAUCCGCACGCUCAAGAUUAUGAGUGACGUGUACAGCCGGGGGAUGAUGACAGAUCUGCUCUUUGAGCAGCAGAUGGUGGAAAAGCUGUUCCCCUGUUUGGCUGAACUGAUCAGUAUCCACAGCCAGUUCUUUCAGAGAAUCCUGGAGCGGAAGAAGGAGUCUCUGGUGGAUAAAAGUGAAAAGAACUUUCUUGUCAAGAGGAUAGGGGAUGUGCUUGUCAAUCAGUUUUCAGGUGAGAAUGCAGAGCGCUUGAAGAAGACAUAUGGCAAGUUCUGUGGGCAGCACAACCAGUCUGUCAACUACUUCAAAGACCUCUACACAAAGGAUAAGCGUUUCCAAGCCUUUGUGAAGAAGAAGAUGAGCAGCUCAGUAGUAAGAAGGCUCGGAAUUCCAGAGUGCAUAUUACUUGUAACUCAGAGGAUCACUAAGUACCCAGUUUUAUUCCAAAGGAUACUGCAAUGUACCAAAGACAAUGAAGUAGAACAGGAAGACCUAACUCAGUCCUUGAGCCUGGUAAAGGAUGUGAUUGGAGCUGUGGACAGCAAAGUGGCAAGUUAUGAGAAGAAAGUACGUCUCGGUGAGAUUUACACGAAGACUGAUAGCAAGUCGAUCAUGCGGAUGAAAAGUGGGCAGAUGUUUGCCAAGGAGGAUUUGAAACGGAAGAAGCUGGUGCGGGAUGGGAGUGUGUUUCUGAAGAGCACAACUGGAAGGUUGAAAGAGGUUCAAGCAGUUCUCCUCACUGACAUUUUAGUUUUCCUUCAAGAAAAAGACCAGAAAUAUGUAUUUGCAUCAUUGGACCAUAAGUCAACAGUGAUCUCCUUAAAGAAGCUCAUUGUAAGAGAAGUGGCACAUGAGGAGAAAGGCCUGUUCCUCAUCAGUAUGGGGGUGAAAGAUCCAGAGAUGGUGGAGGUCCAUGCCAGCUCCAGAGAGGAGCGGAAUAGCUGGAUUCAGACCAUUCAGGAUACAAUCAACUCCCUGAACAGGGAUGAAGAUGAAGGGAUUCCUAGUGAAAAUGAAGAAGAAAAGAAAUUGUUGGAUACCAAGGCCCGGGAGUUAAAAGAACAACUUCAGCAGAAGGACCAGCAGAUCCUUCUCUUACUAGAAGAGAAGGAGAUGAUUUUCCGGGACAUGACUGAGUGCAGCACUCCCUUGCCUGAGGAUUGCUCCCCAACGCACAGCCCACGAGUCCUCUUCCGCUCCAACACAGAGGAGGCUCUCAAAGGAGGACCAUUGAUGAAAAGUGCAAUAAGUGAAGUGGAAAUCCUUCAGGGUUUGGUGAGUGGAAGCCUUGGUGGCACACUUGGACAGUCUAUCAACAGCCCUGUUGAGCAGGAAGUCAUGGCUGGACCCAUUUCUCUGCCCCGGAGAGCAGAGACCUUUGGAGGAUUUGACUGUCAUCAGAUGAAUGCUUCCAAAGGAGGUGAAAAAGAAGAGGGUGAUGAUGGCCAAGAUCUCAGGAGAACAGAAUCUGAUAGUGGCCUGAAAAAGGGUGGAAAUGCUAACCUGGUAUUUAUGCUUAAAAGAAACAGUGAGCAGGUUGUCCAGAGCAUCGUUCACCUCCACGAACUCCUUAGCAUGCUGCAGGGUGUUGUGCUACAACAAGAUAGUUACAUUGAGGACCAGAAGCUGGUGCUGACGGAGAAGGUACUCACAAGGAGUGCAUCCCGCCCCAGCUCUCUCAUUGAGCAGGAGAAGCAGCGGAGCCUGGAGAAGCAGCGCCAGGACCUGGCCAACCUGCAGAAGCAGCAGGCACAGCACCUGGAGGAAAAGCGCCGACGCGAGCGUGAGUGGGAGGCCCGUGAACAGGAGCUCCGAGAACGAGAGGCCAAGCUGGCUGAGAGGGAGGAGUCAGUCCGCCGAAGGCAGCAGGACCUGGAGAGGGACCGUGAAGAGCUCCAGCAGAAGAAGGGCACUUAUCAGUGUGAUCUGGAGAGGCUCCGGGCUGCCCAGAAACAGCUGGAAAGAGAACAGGAGCAACUGAGGCGUGAUGCAGAGCGGCUCAGCCAGAGGCAGAUGGAUCAGGACCUUUGUCAGGUUUCAAAUAAACAUGGAAGGCUGAUGCGGGUCCCAUCCUUCUUGCCCAAUCCGGAUGAGUUCUCCUUGCCACCUGCACCUUCCAUAACCAAAUCAGGGUCAUUGGACUCAGAACUUUCAGUGUCUCCUAAAAGGAACAGCAUCUCUCGGACACACAAAGAUAAGGGGCCUUUUCAUAUACUGAGCUCAGCCAGCCAAACAAAAGUACCAGAGGGGCAGAGUCAGGCCCCAUCCAGCACCUCCUCUUCCACCCGCCUUUUUGGGUUAGCUAAACCAAAGGAAAAGAAGGAGAGAAAAAAGAAGAGCAAAGGAAGCCGCUCUCAACCUGGUGAUGGUCCUGCGUCAGAAGUUUCAGCAGAGGGUGAAGAGAUCUUCUGUUGAUCCUCUGCCAGGGCAGCCGCCUUCCAACCCUCACCUGAUGGUGGAGCUGCUACCGCACCCCUGCUGCCCCUCGUGCACAAGUCUCUUACACUGGACGCCCUCUGCCCCUCAGCGUCCAGUCCUCCUGAGCUACCCCAGGUCCUGGACAAGAAGGAGCAGCACCUGUUGGGGGGUGGGGACGGACACUCUGACUCCACUCCAGCCGUGACUGUGACUACCCAGGACUUGGGUGGGCCUGGCCUUACUCAGGGUAUUACACUGAAAGUAGUGACCCUAGAAGUAGGUAAUAGUUUGAGAUGUCAGGAUUCCCUAAAGCCUCCAAAUGAGGGCUAAAACUUUGCCUUGUGUUUUGGGGGAAUACAACAAAGAGCAGAUAGUGCAGACUUUGUAAACAGUGACCAUCUCCGUGUGCACAUGGAGUACACCAGCUGUAGAAACAGUCUUUCUUCAACAUCAAGAUAGCCUAGCCCAAGAGCAAGCACCUGACCGGCCAGGUGGCAUGUGGAUAUUCAGUAUUUCACCCUGUGGUCCUCUGAGAUUGGGCUUCUUGCAACGGCCCCAGUGCAUACAACACCCUUCUUUGUAUGUAUUCCUCAUUUCAUUGUAGGAAUGUUUGUGAAACUAGCGAGAGGCCUGAUGUGUACAGAAAACACAUAGUGUGCACCGCCUGGAACUCCACACUCUAGGCUGAACUAUCUCACUUCAUCUAGAUCAGGAAGAAACACACUGCCUGUCGUAGGGUGCCUGUCCUCAUGCUCUGUCUGCUUGAGGACUCUUCACCACUGCCCCACUAUGAUGCUUUCUGGUCCAGUAUGUUACUGGACCUCCCUGUGGGAAAGCAUGGACUCAGUUGGUGCUCCCAGCACCAAUGUACCCUGAGGCCUCUCUGGAGUUACUGGCUGAAAAGUGGGUUCCAGUGUAGGAGUUAACUCUGUCUGGUGGGAGAGGGCAGCUGGUCCUGAAGUAUGGUUGGGUGCACAAGGCCGCCUCACAUACGGUUUUCAGUUGCAUUUUGCUUGGUUGUGCUCUAACCCUUGACACUGUCAAGUGCUUGCCUGUCUCUCUUCUCGCCCUCCGUCUCCAUGUGUUGAUCUGUGCAUGCUUGAGGCUUUUCCCAGCUCUUGUGUGCAGGACAGUUCAUUGGUAAUGUACCCUCUAAGGCUCACGUACUCCCCAUGAGGGGCACGCUGAGGUCUGUGCUUCACACGUGGCCUUCAGUUCCUGGUUUUGCCCUCAGAAACGUGAGGCUUUGAACAGUUAUGCAAAAACAAACCUGUACGUUGGUGCUUGUUGGUGACCUGCAAGCUGGCCUUGCAGGUACAGAUAUUUAUCUUUCAGUUUACUUGAAAGAGUUCUGGUUUAAAUUUUUUAGCCUAAAUUUGUUUUAUUUAUUUUGUGUUUGUGUUUUGUUUUAUUUUAUUUUGAAAGUGAACCAGUACUGGCCCAACAGUUUAAACCAUGUUUUCAGUACAGGGAAUGAAGUGUCUGUCCAAGUGCAUGAAGGUCCCGAGGAAAACGGAGGGUUGAGACCGGAGCUGUGCUCUCCCUCCUGUGUCCAUUUUUUUUUUUUUUUUUUAAUAAGGGAGGUCUGUCCUUGGAGGUUUUAAAAAUUGCCCCAUCAGCUACCUUUACCUCCUUUUGAUAAGGCUGGUUUAUUUUCUACUGAAGCUAUGUCGGACUUUCCUCAAGAACCUUAACAGCAAGAAAUUAGUUGCUUCCUUCCCCAAGUCCAGGUUGGACUUCUCCAGCUGUCACAGCAGAGCCUGCCAUGCCUCACAUCCACCUCAGGGUUUGGCUGGCAGUCCUUGUCCCUGCCUCUGAAUGCCCUCUCCGGGAGACUCUACCCUUCCACAGCAAAGCCCGUUUGCUUGUGGGGAGAGAACCUGACUCCCACCUAAACUUAACAGAAAAUCCAACCAAACCCUGCCUCUGACCUGUGCAAAGGGAAGCCAGUGACUGCCUCCAAGUUCACUCUGAUACACCCAGUGAGCCACUGUGCACCCCAGUGAAGCUUCAUUCCUACCCCAGUGCUCUCUACCCCCACCAGCUAUGUUGUCUUUUGCUUGCUUUGGUUGAUUUUUAAAACCAGUUUCACUUCUACCCAUACUCUGCAAAUCAAUGGUCAGGGACAGUUGGGAGAAGUUAAAAUCAGAAGAAAAAAACACCCUGAGUGCCCCUAAGCUGUCCAGCUUCCUCCAGGAAGAGAACCAUUUGCCAAGAACUGUUUAACCUGCCUGCACGUUCUGCCACCCUCACAACUGUCACGCUUGGGGAAUUGCUGCUUGUGCUCUUGCUUAGGACCCUGAAGAUUGCUGUCAACAGCCUUGUGUGAGAUUCUCUUCUGUGAGAAAGGAGGUUCACUAGGGACCAGGAUUUUGUUCUGUCUUAUUCCCCAUACUAGGAAAUCAUGUUUCUACAUCAAGCUAAAGAAAUUGUUGCUUUAGGGGACAGGUGGACAUUGACCCCAGCCUUGUAGAAUCUAGUAAACUUUCUGGAAGAUUGUAUCUUCGCAAAAAUUGUAAUCAUCUCAGCAGUUGUCAUCCCAUCUAGGUGACAUGAGCACUUUAAAUGACCUCUCAUCAGCUGGCUUCAUUUUCAAGACAAUCAAAUCUGUUAACUGUUUUCUUAGACGAUGGAGAGGAUUAAAAAAAAAAAAAAAGCCCUUAUAACCAUCCCUUUCCUGUCCUCGUGAGUCACAAGUCACCCACAGGGAAGAAGCCCUUGCAGUGAUUGACUUUUCAAAAGGUACGAGCCAAAUCUUCUGAGGGUUACACCACUAAUGCCGCCCCUUUAGUCCCCUACCCACCGCCACAUUGGUUUUCUUCACAGCCUCAUAGAGCAGUAAGCACAGAUGUUGGACCGUUGGACAGAACCUUGGCCCACAGGCGGCCAGAGCUUGCCGUGAGUCCUCUCCACACAAGUUUUUGUCUCCUUCUCUGCCCCUGAGGUUCUUUGUGACCUCACCGUUGUUCUUGCCAAGGCUUUUGGAAUUUCACUGGACCGAAGUUGCCUUUGACCUGUGCCCAGAAGACAGUCCUGGAGAAUGGGCUUCCGUGCCUGGACACCUGAGCACGGGUACCUUUGGGUGAAGAGUAACCCUGGCCUUUCCUGCAGAGACCAAGGGCACAGUGUGUUUGGGUUUGGCUCCUUGUUUUCUUUCAUGUAGCAUAACAUUCCUAGUUAACUAGAGCUUUGGAGUCUGCUGCCUGCUGGCCAGGUUUAGAAAUGCAAAGUAUUCUAAUGCUGCCAUAAAAGGGGGAGAGGGUGGCCGAGGCCUUUUCCUGCACUCAUAUGAUUUAACUUGUCGAAAGAUUGAAAGGUCCUGAGUUAUUUCUCCAUCUCACUAAGGUGUAAGGCGGGUGGCCCCCACUGCUGUAGUGUGCCCUGCCGUGACCCCAGGCAGGAGCCACUGCCAUAGCCCACAGAGGGCCUCUGUAGGAAGCAUAGAACCUAUGCCUUAGAACCCUCCUAGCAUCAGCUGCCCUGCCUUGGUUGCCACCUGCUGGGAUGGGCCUAACCCAGUCGGUUUGUCUCAGGUUUCCUCCUGAGGCCUGGGCUCUACAGAAGGUGGGCAGGAUACACCUAUACCUCUGUUCUCGUUACGUUGUCUCCAAUUGCUGUAUGAACAUUUCUGUACUAAGCCCUAUUAAAUAAAGUCGGGUUAAACCCAAACGCUGUAUAGUAAUUUGUAAUUAUGUAUAAAGUAAAGCAGUUUUGAACUGUAAAGAUUUUCAAUGUGUUUUCUGGAAAUUUGCCACAACAUACUGGCUUUGUAUUUUUAUUUAUCAUCCUUUGUAGUUACUGGCUUCAGACUAUUGUAAAGUCCCCCUUAGACCUUUCAAAAAUAAUAAAUUUCCUUAAAAAUCUUGA